GGCGACGAUGAUUAUCACUAGCGCGCGCAAUCGUUCGCAGUGGGAUUGCGCGGCAAGCACGGGCAGUGGGCUAGGCAGGUCGAAAGAGGGCGCGAAAAGAGACGGAGGUGGCCAAGGUGAGAGAGAGGAGACGCACGUGCGGUCGUGCUCCCCCGAGCGUCAGCCCGUCUUGAGUGGUCGGUUGGCAACUUGAAACAAGCGGCGCGUGCAGCUCCAGGCAUGCCUCAGGUUGCCUCUCAACAGGCGUUGGCAGAGGACUUGAGCUCGCUUAUGUGUGACCGGGGCGGGAGCUAUCGCGACUGGCCGAGGGCGCCAGCGGUCAUCGACCUGGUGCUGCUGCAUGGCUAUGCGCUUUCCGAUGGGAGGAGGAGCUGAGGGAGGCAAUAGCAGGGAUAGCGGUAGGGCACCAGGGGCGUUCGGUAUUCAAGACGUAUAUAAUCGGGUGCUGGAGGCGCUUCUAUCUGCAGAAGCGUCGUCGUCCAAGGAGCAAAAUGCGGGGAUCGAGAAGGUUGAUGCAUUGACGCAGCUUCCGCGCGUCGGGUUAAUCGCAGGCCGUGUUUCGACCAGUAGUGGCGGAAGCGACCGGUCUGGGAAGAAGAACCAAAAGCAACGGCCUCGCGGCAAGGCCUUCGGCAAGAGCAAGUCUCGUGAGGUCGUCGUGGCCAUCUCUAAGCGAGCCGUUCCCUCUGACAGAACAGCAGCGUCAGCCGGAGCGGGCGGCGCUGUUGAACCCACCACUGCUGCAGUUUGCGGCGCCGGGGCUGGAUCCGGUGCGUUGGCCUUGUUGGAAGGCCUCACCAGUCACCAGCCACAGAGCCAAGGUCUCUCUCAUCAUCCUCCUCCACCUCUUUCUCAGUCGUUCUGGGGGUACGUUAGCGACUACUUCCGCGACGUGAGCGUGGAAGACAUUGAACUCUUGCAGCCGCCACCUAACCCUCUCUUCGAUCCCGCUUUCACCAUCCCCCCUGCGGGUCAACAUUACACCGAGGUGUGGGCGAAGGAAGACGCUGAGCAGGAGCAGGAGGAGGCGGGGAAACAGUUGGCGAACAAGGUGAAGAGGAAACUUUUGAGCGCGAGUCCCGUGAGCAAGAAGAGGAAGAUCGCUGGCGGCGGCACGGGUGGCGGAGGCGCAGGGUUUCCUGCUGCUGCCACGCCCACCUCCGCGGCGGCCGUGGUGACAACGGUUUUGUCCCCGCUUGAAGAUGAUACCGACGACGUCUGCCAUGUCUGUUACGGGGGGGAAUCGGAGGAGGCUAAUCAGAUUAUAUUCUGCGACAACUGCAACGUGCCUGUACAUCAGGAUUGCUACGGAGUGCAAGAAGUUCCAGAAGGGCCGUGGCUGUGCUCAGGCUGUUUGGUGGCCGAUGGAGGGGCAGCGCCAGGAUGUGUCCUUUGCCCCAAAGUGGGAGGGGCGGUGAAGCCUGUCGUUGAUGCCUCUGCUGACCACCGCGGUGGUGGGGGGGAAAGCAGGUCGAAGAAGAAGUAUGCUCACCUGUUCUGCGCCCAAUGGGUGCCAGAGACGUACAUCGAGGAUCCUAAGAUCAGGGAGCCUGUCCGGAAUGUCGAGGCGAUUAGCAAGGAGAGAUGGAAGCUUCUUUGCGUCAUCUGCAAGGAGAAGCACGGUGCUUGCAUCCAAUGCAGCCAUGGAAUGUGCGCCACGGCGUUUCAUCCUCUGUGUGCGCGCGAGGCACGCUAUCGCAUGGAGGUCUCCAGUCGAGCGGACGUUGAUGAGGUUGAGCUGAGGGCGUUUUGUCAAAAGCAUUCGUCUCUGAGAAACUCCAAAGGGCCGCAGGGCGCGAACACAAAUGCAAGUCUGGCAGCUCGCUCUCAACAACAGGUUGGGGAAAAGGUGGAGGAAGGGUGUCCGCAGACGACCGAAGGGCCCGUUGGGACAACCUCAGCCAGUCCGCAGGUGGCGACAGGCGCGGCGACAGCCGCUGUGUCGCCGCCUCUCCCUGAUCCAGGGAGUGCAAACGAAGGCAGUGCGAGCGCCGGAUGUUGCGUAAGUCACGACGAGGCGCAAGAUGGCCUCGUAGUCCCUGACGCGGGCGCAGGAACUGCGGAAGGUGCGCGAUCGGGAGCAGGAGAGGUUGCGCCGCAGCAGUCGGAGCAGAGCAACGAGAAGCUGGCUGAGCAAGGAGGUUGGGAAAAGGAAGCGAAGGGGAUACAGGUAUGUGAACAGCGCGAAAAGGGUGAUGGCGGUGUUUCGGCUACUGGGGAGGGCAGGGAUGCGCCUUCGGCGGUCGACAGGGGUGAUUCUUACGAGGUAAACGGCACCGCGGACGGCGUGGGGGUCGAGUCUUCCGCCCUGGGCACAGCAAGUGGGUGUCCGGAGGUUCCUGGUUCCCCCUCGGGCUAUGAUCCGUGGAUGGAAAGGGGAGAACGAGGAGUGCAAGCAUCAGAAACAACGAAACCGGAUGAUGGAGCGAACAGCCAGUAUGGCGCUGUGGCGAACCCGACACGUGACCCGCUAGAGGGAGAAGGACCUGCUACUGCCGACGGGACUGGUGCUGGAGAGCCGUGUGUUUGGAAUGCCGCUCCUGCGGACCAGACGGUACCCGAUCCAGUCGCGUCGCGCGUGCUCGAUGCCUGCGACACCAAUGAACUGGUCAAGCUGCUUAAGCGGGUGAUGCAUAUAACUCGGAUUACUCAGACGUUGGUUGCUCACCAAUCCGGCGUUUCCCAGAGCACGCUGUCGACAUUUUUGCAGGGGCGGCCAAGAACAAGCCACACUGUGAACAACAAAGUGCGGGACUGGUUAAGCCGGCAUCUUACUGCGCAGCAAGAUGAGGAUGCCAACCUGGUCUGGGCGUGCUCGCUGGAGACUAUGGCCAGCAAGGUGGGCAAAGGAAAAGAUGGGAAAGGCAGGGAGGGCCUUGCUGAAGUCGGCAGUAACAGGAAGCCAGAGGGGAGAAGAAGCAGAGCGGGGCUGAGUGACCAACUGGGGACAGUACUUCCUGGUUCUUUUAGAAGCACUGACAAGAAAAGCAAGGGAAAGGUGAUUGGCAAAAAAGGUGGAGAGGGCGACGAUCCAACAUUGCGAGGAGGUGAUGGUUCAACAAGCGUGUUGGAGCAGAGUGAGUGUGCUGUAAAUGGGUUAGAGGCAAUCCCUGCUCAGAAUUGUGCUUCGCAGGCGGGGGAGGGGAAGGCGGCAGUGCCUGUUCCUCCUGGUGUGGACCGAGAGCUUGCAGUUGCUGCUAGCACUGCUCCAAUUGUGGCCAGUAAUGGGCGUCCUAGUGUACAGAAGGUGAGAAUAGUUAGGAAUGCGAGGGGGGGGCUCGCAAUCAAUCCGGUGGUUAAUGCAUGUGUAGAUGAAACCAAUUCCUUGACCGACGAUAGAGUGGAGGGUAUUCGAGAGAAUGCAGAGCAAGGGAGGUCCAAUGUGUUUGUUGAGAGUUCAACAAAUAGCCAAGCUGAGGGCGAUCCCACUCCGGGAUGGGAGGAACCUGUGGUUGCAACUGUGGACAUUCUUGAUGCAGACGCGGCGUCUGAGGAUCGGAGGCAAAGAGCAACCAAUUGUGAGGCGAGCACAAGUGGGAGUGAAGAGCCUUACCGGAGUUGUUCAGCCAAUGGAGGGGGCCAGUCAAGCACGCAUAAUGCGUAUGGGCUUCAUUCUUUGAAGGAGAAAACACAUUCUGGGGUUGAAGUGCGCCGAUCUAAAGGAUUUCGUGAGCCAAGACGUAACCAGGGAGAGGAUACCAAUUCGCAGGGAGUGCUAGAAGUGAUUGGAGCUGCGGAAAUGACAAAAAACAGUCUGGGGAGUGGCUCUGGAGUGGCAUGUGCGGGUGACCCAAGUUCCCCUCAGAGGGAGAACAAGCUUCUCCUUAGGGUAUCCCUGCCAUCGCUCGCAAAUGCCCGAAGAUCCCGAAAUGUUUCUGGUGACACGGCUGGAGAUCCUACUUCAGAAGGGCUGAAAGCGGUGAGGCCCAGAGUCUCCGUGUCCGCAGCUGCACUAAAGGUUGAAGAUAGCGGGCAGUCGGAGGUGAAAGCAGAGCCGAAACCAGUGGUGAAAGCAGAGCCAAAACUGGAGCUGCUGAAAGCCGAGAUGAAACCAGAGCUGAAACCAGUCCUCAAACCAGAGCUGAAACUUGAGCUGAAGCCAGAGGUGACGCCUGAGCUGAAGAUGGUUGAAGUAGGGGAUUAUGAGGACACGAAGGGGAACUCCAGGAGCAGGAUCGAUGUGGCUGAUAGCGUGUCACAGGUGGAGGACAAGGACAGGGUGGAACAUUGUCCAGGGCUUUCCGAAACGGAUGGGAAAUUGGAUAAGAAUGCAAAGGCUCAGCGUUCCCCCUGUGGAAAUGGUGAUGUCCGCCGCAGUUGCGAAGACGCAGAGGAGCAGGGCAGCAAGUGUAGGGGCAGGCCUCCUACGACAGAUGCUGGGGUAAAUGUGAAGCACAGUGCACAGCAGGUGGGAGGCUGCAGUGAGAGGACUGUUGUGAAGGUAGAGGUGGAGAACACUGGCAGUGUGUGCAGUGAUCGGGAAUUGUCUGGUAGUGACUGCGCACACCGUUUGAAGGCGAGUGAACUAGAAGCUUCCCAGAAUGGAAAGCGCUGGUGGAACAACGGGGACUCGGGCCUCAGAUCCAUGGGGAGCAAAGAUAGGUCAUCCCAGGGCCAAUCCAGAGUGUGUCAGGGGGAUGGUUUUCAGAGUCAAGUCAUGGAAGGAGUUGGAGACUCCAAAGGUGAACGGAUCAGUAUCCCAAGGGUGUCUGUUUCAGUCGAAGAGGAAGGAGCAGAUGCACGGCUGAUGUGUGUGUCCGAGACAGAGAGAGGGGGUUCUCCACCGGGAUCACCUAUGCCUACGUCUGCACUGACUCUUCCAAGCGGUAAUGAGGAUGACGCUCCUCUUCAUACAGAAGCAGGGCUGUCGGGGGCAGACCAAGUGCAGAGGAUUCCAGAGGGUCAUGUUAUUCACAUGUACACACACAUAUUGCUGGAGUCUCUGAAGCCACCCGUCUGGCCUGCGUGGACGGAUUCUCCUUUGGGAACACCUGUAACAGAAGUUUGUGAGGCAGAUUGUGAGGUAGCAUCUCGUGGAGGACAGAGGACAGUCGAGGAGGCAAAUGCUGCAGCUGUGGAAGGCGAGUUCUCUCCAAAAUAUUCCCUUCUCGAGGGCAACGGAGAGGUGGAGUUUUCAGUGACACUUCCUCCCCCGGUUGUUCCCCCAAGGAGCAUAUUCCACCCUAGCCGACAGGUUGGCAUUCCUUCUGGGCGCUGCAACGUGUGUGUUCUACACAAAUGUGAAAAUUGUGGUGCUGAGAGUGCUCCUGUGGGAUGUCUGAAACGAGCGAAAAGCUCCUCUGGGUGUCCUCCAGGCGAUGCCUUUUCGGCCAAUGAUGUUCCCUUGUUGCAGGCAGCUCAGGAUUCCGGCUAUCCAAUGAAAGCAAGAUGCGUGGGGCUUGUAGUGGGGGCAGACCUUGGUGAAGUGGAUCAUGACAUGGCAGAGGAUGAUUCCUUGGCAAAGCAGCUGGAAAAGCUAGACAUUGCACACCAUCGGGGCUUGCUAGAUGCGGCCCCAGAGGAUGAAAUUGUCGGGGAAAUGCUAAUACUGCAGAACCAGCUUCUCUUGUCGAUGCGGGCGAAUAGGGUGCGUUGCGAGCGCUUGCUCCGGUUGAUUCUCCCGGCGUUGCCAGAGCAGCUGCGGGCUGCCCAGGAACAUGCUCGGAACAAAUCCCUUGUGAACCAGUAUCUACUCCAGAUGAGGGAAAUCAAGAAACAGGGAAGGAAGGAGAAGCGUGAAAAGGAAGCACAAGCUCAUCUGGCUGCAGUUACUGCCGCUGUUGUGGCAUCGCCACGACUUCGAGAUGCUAGAAGAGAGCCUGUAGAACAGGAGGAGGAAACUGUGAAGACUCCCUCUUCUGUGGCCACACCUUCCUCACAAAAUCCUUCGCUACAGAACCCUCACUCAGUCACGGCAUUAGCUCUACAGGCAUGGCCUGCCUCUCCCUCCCCAGGUGCGGCGCCAUCACAUGGAACGUCACCAAACCAUAUGUCGUUUCCACAGCAUUCGGCAGCUGUACCGAAGCUCUUGAAGCCGCCUCUGCCACGUCCUCCUCGAGUGUCAACUGCGGUGCCAACAGUCGUUGCAACAGCAGCAUUGGGUCCAUCUGUGAGAACAGAUGUGAAGCCUGUGUAUGAUAUGCUGCCAUCAUCCAAGCGGGACGAUGCCGAAGCAGUGUGUGCCGUAUGUGGAAACCGGGACAGUGAAGCUGCGAACAGUAUCAUUUUUUGUGACCGGUGCGGCGUGGCGGUGCAUCCUAAGUGCUAUGGAGGUAUGGGUGAACUGCCGGCUGCUGGGAUAUGGCUUUGUCAGCCAUGUGCAGAGCAGCGUCGCCUUUAUGGUGAUACACCACCUGCUGAAUGCGCUGAUGGACGGAGCGGACCAGGGGUGCAGUGCGCUCUCUGCCCUGGGAGGACUGGAGCCUUCAAGAGAUCAACGGACAACCGAUGGGUUCACGUCUUCUGUGCACAGUGGAUGCCAGAGACGAGUGUGGGGAGGCAACAGACGGCCAUGGUGGAGGGGCUGAAGGAAGUCACGUCGGAGAGAUUCAACCUUCUCUGUCAGCUUUGCAAAGAGCACCACGGGGCCUGCCUUCGGUGCAAUUUCGGUCACUGCCAUGGAGCUUUCCAUCCAUCAUGUGCUCGUAACUCUGGUCUCUUCAUGAGCUUAAAGGUCUGUCCAGGGGGUCGAACCCUUCUGCGAGCGUAUUGCCAGCGUCACAGUCCCGUUCAGCGUGUGAAGGUUCAAUCGAAGAUUCGCGGUGGACCGGAAGACAUGGCUGUGCUCAAGAAAAUCAGGGUAGAAUUUGAGCGACUGAGGCUGAUUUGUGAGCGAGUUGUCAGACGAGAGAAGCUCAAGAGGGAAAUGCUGCAGUGUCGGGCAGAUGUGUACGCUGCCCAACUGGCAGUUGCUGUGGAGCAAGGGGCGUCCAAUCCAGUCGUGAUGACAUCGUGGAAUGCAAUCCAGGAUCAACAGCAUUGGCAUCAGAUACCGCCACCACAGUACCAACACUAUGCCUAUGCGACAGCUGCGCAGGAGCAGCCACAGUUCUUUUACACUCAUCAGCAGGAGUAUGCUCAGACUCAUGUCCAGCAGCAGCACCUCCACCAGCACCACCAUCAACAGCAGCCACAGCAACAACACGCAUUGGUCAGCCCCGUACGAAUGUUACCCCAGGCCACACCGGUGGGCCAUCUGUCCUCACCGUGGCAUCAAACUCUAAGUGCAGUCCCGGUGGACGAGCCCCCGCACAAGAGAAGCAAGCACAGAAGGGAAUUCUGCGGAACGCGUUCAAAUCAUCCGAAUCACCCGGAGUUGGCAAUGUUGCGACCGCACACGAGGCAAUUUCACCAAGACGGUGGUCACCCGGGGUCUUGGGGAGCGCUUACGACGUCGGUGGUGACGGAAGCGGGCGACCCGGGCGGUGCAACGUUGGCUUCGCCGACCACGGCCUCCACUUUGACGCUUCCCUUGAUGUGGAAGCAGUAUGCGGCUAGUGCUUCGUCAGGAAUCCCUGUGGUGACCGCUGACUCUGGGCUUUGCACCAUCUCCACGCCGACAGGAAUGGUCCACAGAGUAAGCGAACAAAACGAGGACGUGACAACGGUGGUUUGCCUUCCGGGGCGGCCGGGCGUGACCCCGGAAGCUCUUGCUGUCACAAGGACCGUCCCUGUUGCAGGGAUCGUCAUGCCGGGACUCCGACAAAACAUGCAGCAAGAAGUCAUACAAGCUCUGCCGCAAGCUCUUUCCCCAGGUGUAACACAGAUGGUACCUCAUGUAAUUCCACAGUCUAUUACCCAUGUUGUGCAGCAACAUACCCAUCCGUUGGCGACCCGUUUGGGCAGCGGAGAUUCACGGCAAAAGAGAAGUCAUCAUGACAAGGAUAAGAGAGCUGGACGGAAGCACAAGAAGAAAGAGAAGGGCAUGUCAGAGAGGCUGAUGACACCUUCUGAGGCAAAUGCGCAGAACAGCAGACUUCCUAAAGGCUAUAUAUACAUGCCGGUUGCAAGUCUCUUGCAGCCUAUGAAGACAGGAGCGCCAGUUGUAACAGUGGUCCCCACUACGUCUUCGAUGGAUACCCAUCACCAGCUGCCGCAGCAUCACCCUCAUGCUUUCCCUCGACAGACACAUUAGUAGGAAGUAGGGAGUGGUAGGGAGGCAUCCCAGCAAACCAUAUGAGAAGUUCACCGUACGAGAUCAUAGUUCGUAUCCAUGUCGCUGGAGGGGCUACGGAGGAUGCUACUGUCGGCGUAUGAGUGGCUGCAGGGAGGCACUUAGUCUCUUACACUACUUUUUCUGUUUGGAAGUUUCUCAAUUGCUGUGAAGGUUGGCCCUACCAAGCCCCAUCAAGAUAAUGUACAAGUUCUUCUGCUCCACAAUGCGCAUUUGAUCUGAUACCGUCCACCAGCAGCAUGGCCAGACAUGUGUGUGCAUGCAUGCACGUGUGUGUUGUGUCUGUGUGUGUGGCAGGUUGCCUGUGUAAGAUGUGUGUGUGUGUGUGUGUGUGUGUGUGUGUGUGAAAGAAUGGGUGUGGAUUAACAGCAGUGUUUAGCCACCUGCAAAAUACGGUAUAGAAUCUUAUAGCAGGGGACUGCGAGAGGGAGCGCGUGCAUGUGCGUGUGUGUUGGGGGUGGGGGUGGGGGGAAAGGGUGCAGUGUGCGAGUGGCAGAUGAAAAGCGUCGUUAUUGAUUCUUUGCGGUGAGUCUUCCUUUGCUUCGCCUCAACCAUGUGUUCCUUAUAAUCAUCACAGAAAAAAGAAAGGUAUAUUAAGUCAUCACAGAAAAAAGAAAGAUAUAUUAAAUUUUGAAAGUGGGGGGCGUUGCCAAGGUUGAAUCCCAUGGAACAGA